AUGAGCGUCGCAGGCGCAGGGUUCAGACUCUCGCUCAUCCUGAACGCAGUGAGCUGCGAACUUGUCACCUCCGGUCUCGAAGCCCAUGGCAUCUCGAAAGGCGUCACAUUGUUCUCCAUGAUGCUGAAACAGACUGGCAAUAUCCUCCAAGCUGCCGAUCCCGUUCAUACCCAAGAGGCCGUGGAAACCGCCCAGUCGAUUGCAGAGGAAAGCACGCGAGUGUUCGAUGAAAUCAAUGACAUGUUAGACCGUCUGCGCAGCAAGGAGGCUGUCGGCAAUACCUCGCCUACGGUUCAACAGAGAUUCAAAUGGUGCUUCCGCAAACAUAGGGUCGCCUAUUUGCUAGCCCAACUAGAGAGCCUGAAGCUUAGCCUUGCCCUCGUGAUGCAAAUCAUUCAAUUGGGUAAAUUGAUGGCAUCUACGUCCCGCAGAGACCCUCCUGAAGAAGUUGCAAUGAAGACCGAGGCUAUUAGACAAGAGCGCGCCGAGGCCCAGAAUGCCGUUAUAGUUCGAUACUGGCAGAUGAGCAAGAUGGACAGGCUUUUCGAGGCCUCACACAAGGAGGAAGAAGAAGAUAAAAGUAGCAGCAUCAACAACGAUACACCGCAAGAUGACGACUUGUCUCUGACUGAGACGAACAGCUCGCAAGCGACUGCUGACUCUCCACCUCCACAAUACGCUCCUUCAUCGGCUCUGGUGAAGCUUCCGGUAUACUCUUUAGGCGAACUUGAUCAAACACUCCAUGAGAUCAAAGCCUCUCCAAAGGACAUGAUCCGUGUAUCUGACCAGGCGAUUGAUCCUUUGCUCGAACGGUGGACGAAGUGGAGGGAGGUGCGUGAGAGGAGGCAUCAACGCGACCCCGGAGGUCGAUUCGUGCCAACAGUACAAAAUCUUGAAGAAUAUGACGAGGAUGAACGAUACCAUGAACGAUACCAUGAACGAUACCAUGAACGAUACCAUGAACGAUACCAUGAACGAUACCAUGAACGAUAUGCUGAGGAAGAUGACAGCCCGCGGGGUUAUUAUCUGGAAGGGCACACCACGGACUGGAGAAAGCCAAACUCUGCUGCCGCCCGGCAAGAGGCUUUCAGAAGGCGAAAGCAAUACUCCAACUAUCAGCCCAGCGUGAGCCCAGAGGCCAGUGACGUCGAAGAGUCGCCCGGUAGCAGUGGCUCUAAAAAACGAACCACAAAGCGGCACAUCAUCGAGUCAGGUUCAGACUCGUCGGCCUCUGAGAGUGAAUUCUUUCAACAUAGUACCGCGAAACGGCCCACCAUCGGCAGUCCGCCGACCGAACGGAAGAUCCAUCUUCAUGAGGGUACUCCUGCCUCUCAGACGUACCCUGCUCCUCCACACACUACGACUCGGGCGACAGUCAACAGUGCGAGCGGGAGUAAUAGAGCACCCUCCGUAACCUCGGGCCAGUCGACAGCAUCUCGGAUACCCUCGCCAUUUUACCAUCCACCUGGUCAGCGGCCAUGGGUCACGCCCGAUCAGCACCCGGGUCAUCACAGCUUGUCAUCACCCGUUCCAUCAGUGUAUACUAGCAACACGUCGAAAUCUUAUGUGCACCAGCAGCAUGGUGGGUUCUCCCGUAAUGCGUCGCAACCGGUGGCCCAAUUCAACCCAUACGGGGUGCAACCUGCAACUCAAUCGAGAUACGUUCCACAGCCGUCGAAUCCAGCUGUUCUGUCGGCACGACCCGGUUCCCAGGAUGGUAAGCAUGGCCGCCCACCUUCUUUCUUGUCACAGAACAGUAUGCCUGCACGCAGUCACUUGAAGGGCGAGGACGAUAGAAGACAUUCAAGGGAGAAAAGCACAAAGCAAAAUCUACGCGAGGGUGCCACUAAAGGUCUACUGGGAGCGGGUGCAAUCGCGGGAUUCUUGCAGGCCCUUGAGGGACUUAGCAUUUGA